UAAAAAUGCACAAUUACACCAGAUAUUGCAAGAAAAUCGAAAAAAAUCCGGGGCUUUUCAGCGAAUUGUUUUGAAGUUAGCAGCAGUUGUGACGUCAGAAUUGCGUCAUUUGGGAACCAAUCAAAUAAAAGCUAUCCAGUGAAGUUAGCUUCAUUUGAUAGAAUUUUCUCCAGAUUCAUAACCUCUUAUCAGCUUAUCAAAAAGUUUUUCACGUCACAAGUUAGGUGUCUAAAGAAAUAAUAAACAGAAUGAGCCAUUUCGCAUCCCCAAUGCCCAGUCGUGAGUUCCUAUGGGACGUUUUCCAGAGAGUGGAUCGUGAUAGAAGUGGGUACAUCAACGCGGAAGAACUUCAAGCUGCCCUUUCAAAUGGGACAUGGAGCCCAUUUAACCCGGAGACAGUAAGACUGAUGAUAGGUAAUAUAAAAUAUGCAACAAGUGGGAAUAGUAGUAAUUUGUCUUCAGGGAUGUUUGAUAGGGGUAAUAGGGGCCAAGUCAGUUUCGAAGAUUUCGGCGCUUUGUGGAAAUAUGUAACAGAUUGGCAAAACUGUUUCCGUUCAUUUGACAGAGACAACUCUGGCAAUAUUGAUAGAAAUGAGUUGAAAACAGCAUUGACCACUUUUGGGUACCGUCUUUCAGACGGGCUUGUCAGUACAUUGGUCAGGAAAUUCGAUAGACAUGGAAAUGGCACUAUAUUGUUUGAUGAUUUCAUCCAAUUGUGUAUUAUUUUAUAUACUUUAACUGCAGCGUUCAGACAACAUGAUACAGACCAAGAUGGUGUCAUCACAAUCCACUACGAGCAGUUCUUGAGCAUGGUAUUUAGCUUAAAAAUUUAAAAUGAACGUUUGCCUGCACAAUAUGCAUUGUUUCAGGCAACAUUCCUUGUCAUACCAAAAGCUUAAUCGUGCCACAAUUUAGAAAGAUGGUCAAUAUUAAUGUUUCUUGUCUUUAUUAUAACUCAAAAAAUACUAAAAUCUAGGUGUAGGAUUAAUUUUUGUCAAACGAAAUUAUUUAUGUGUAAUUAGUUUUUUAGUGAGCUGUAGCAUAUUCCAUUAGUAUUUGAUACAUGUCUUAAAACCUAUUCGUAUUACAUCUUGUUAUACAGUUGUAAUUAUUUUUCUAUGUUAUGUAUUAUAUGAAAUACAUUAUUUAAAACA